AUGAGAGUUAUAUUUUUCAUAUUCCUUUUAAUCAGAGGGACACACUUGUCCUGCCAGCUUUGGGGAAAGUUCUCUUCAUCAGCACUAGCAAAGGAUGGAGAUAUUACAUUUGGUGGUAUUUUUACACUUCAUUACAAGGGAGCUACCCCUGCGGUAUCUUACAGUGCUGGCCCUCUGAAUCCUGGAUGUGUUGGAUUUAACUUAAGGGCUUUUCGAUGGGCACAAGGAAUGAUUUUUGCAAUUGAAGAAAUAAAUCAAGAUGAAUAUCUUCUGCCAAAUAUUACACUGGGCUAUAAGAUCCAUGACUCUUGUGCCAAUCCACCAGAGGCCCUGAGAGCAACUUUAAGUCUGGUCAAUGGAGAAGAAGACAUAAGCAUUCUUAAUUCCACAUGCAAAGAUCAAUCGGUUGCUGCUGUGAUUGGCUGCUCCGGGUCAACUCAGUCCAUUACAAUAGCAAGAAUUCUGGGCUCUUUUGGGAUACCACAGAUAAGUUAUUUCUCUUCUUGUGCAUGCUUAAGUGACAAACAUGAGUUUCCUACAUUUUUUCGGACCAUACCCAGUGAUUACUUUCAAGUACAAGCUUGGGUAAAAGUAGUAAAACACUUUGGCUGGACAUGGAUUGGAGCAUUUGGCUCAGAUGAUGCAUACGGCCAUUUUGGAAUUCAGUCUUUUUUGGAGGAAAUUAAAAAGAUUGAUGCCUGCAUUGCUUUUGCUGAAUAUUUUCCAGCUGUUUAUACUAAAGGCAAAAUACAAGAACAUAUUGAACUUAUCAAAAAAUCUAAAGCAAAAGUGAUUCUGGUUUUUGCUACUGAGAUUGAUAUGUACAUAUUGGCAAAUGAACUGCUUAAACAAAAUGUGACAGGAAUUGUAUGGCUGGCUAGCGAGAGUUGGGCCACUGCUGGACUCCUGUCAACCAAGGAAAUGUUUGGAACUCUUGGGGGCUUACUAGGACUUGGGAUUCAGAGAAGCAGCAUUAAAGGAAUUAAAGAUUUCCUUCUCAGAAUCCAUCCUGCUGACUAUCCUGGAAAUGUGUACAUCAAGGAGUUUUGGGAAACCACCUUUAAAUGCACGUUAGCAUCCCAGAACUACACCACGCUUCUGUACCCAGACAGAAAAUGCACAGGCUUUGAAAGUUUACAGUCGGUCACAAAUAUUUAUACAGAUGUGUCUCAGUUGAGAAUUACUUAUAAUACAUACAAAGCAGUGUAUGCAAUUGCUCAUGCGCUUCAUAAUGUACUGUUUUGUGAAAACAAUACAAAAGUAUGUCAUAGUGUUAAAGAAAUAGAGCCUUGGAAGGUUACACACAGUUUGAAAGAAGUUCAAUUUAAAGUAAAAACAGGUGAUGAAAUACAGUUUGACCAUAAUGGUGAUCCUCGUCCUUCCUAUGAUAUAAUCAAUUGGCAGCUAGACGUUAAUGGUGACGUGCAGUAUGUAGACAUUGGGUUCUAUGAUGGCUCUGCUGAGGCAGGUUAUGAGCUUACAAUUAAUGAAGAUAACAUCAUUUGGAAUGGAGGGCAAAAAAAGGUAAUAACGUCCUCAUGUAGUGAAAGUUGUCCACCAGGAACAAGAAAAGCAACCAGAGAAGGCGAACCAAUCUGCUGCUUUGACUGUGUUCCUUGCGCACAGGAUGAAAUCAGCAACUCAACAGACUCCAUAGAUUGCAUUAGAUGCCCGUGGAACCACUGGCCGAAUUCCAUGAAAAACACAUGCCUUCCAAAAGCAGUGGAAUAUCUCUCCUUCGGCGAAAUGAUGGGAAUUAUACUAAGUGCUCUUGGGGUUGCUGGAGCCUGCUUGACUGUGUUUGUGGCAGCAGUUUUCUUCCACUUUCGAAGCACCCCCAUUGUGCGAGCUAAUAAUUCAGAAAUCAGCUUUCUUUUGCUGUUUUCUUUACUCCUUUGUUUUCUCUGCUCCUUUUUGUUCAUCGGUGAACCAUCUCACUGGUCUUGUAAGCUGAAGCAUGCAGCCUUUGGAAUCACAUUUGUUCUUUGCAUUUCCUGUGUUUUGGGGAAGACGUUGGUUGUUAUAAUGGCAUUUAAAUCCACCCUUCCAGGUCACAACAUCAUGAAGUGUUUUGGGCCCUUGCAACAGAGGCUAAGUGUAUUUUUCUUCACUUGUAUUCAAAUAAUAAUCUGUAUUCUUUGGAUUACAAUUUCACCACCUUUCCCUUCAGAAAAUACAAAAUAUUUUAAAAAUCGUAUAAUUUUUGAAUGUAAUUUGGGAUCGGUGGCCGCAUUUUGCUUUGUACUGGGUUACAUUGGACUCCUCUCCAUUAUGUGCUUCAUUUUAGCAUUUAUAGGCAGGAAGCUACCUGAUAAUUUUAAUGAAGCAAAAUAUAUAACUUUUAGCAUGUUAAUUUUUUGCGCUGUGUGGAUAACAUUUAUACCAGCUUACCUGAGCUCUCCAGGAAAGUACACUGUGGCAGUGGAAGUAUUUGCAAUUUUAUCUUCCAGUUUUGGCGUACUGUUAUGUAUAUUUGCGCCCAAAUGCUAUAUAAUUUUACUUAGACCAGAGACAAACACAAAAAAACAUGUAAUGGGUAGGUCUACCAGCUCUGCAAAAAUUUAGAGUCAAGUGACUUUGUGAUCAAAGUGUUUUUCAAUAUUUUGCAUUGGCAGCAGGAGCUACAGAUUCACACUCAGUCCUAGGUUCUUAUGUAGCAUUAGCUCCAUAAUCUUUUGAGACAUUUAUGUCAUUUUGCAUUAUUUCACAGUGUCUAACUUGGCUUUUUAAGGAGCAAUUUCCAAUUUUGCAUUUGAUGUAAACCUAGAAAAAGACAGAAAUCUCAUUUACUUGUCAAAUGUCAAUCAUAUCGGACCAGUUUAGUGCUUCCAAUUAGCUUAAUAUCUAAUUCUUCAACAAGCUGAAAGAGAAAAAACCUGGAUUUGCAUGGCAAAAACAAUGCAAAGUCAACAUUGGCAUGUAUUUUGUAUGUGUAGGAAACCUGGGAUGCCUGGGAAGAACUCACACAGACAGUAGGGAAAUGUUCAUAUUCAUGUCAACGCUGGACCAAGCACAUUGAGCUGUAAGGCACCAUUCAUGUUUCCUGAGAUUGCAGACUAUUAACCCUCAGCUAUGAAAUAUCACUAAACAUGUUUCUUCACCUAAUUUGGGUCAUCCUUCUGGAAGUCUUCAUAUGUCACAGUAAAUCACUGAUGUGACCUCAGACCCUUACUCCAUGUUCUCCUAUUGCCUCAUCAAAAAUACAAUAAGCGUUAAUACUACACAAUAAUGUGCAAGGUGUGGCCACUAGGGGGUGGACCAGCACCCCAUACCCCAGGUACAACUACACACACAGUGUGCUGGAUUCAGAUCCAGCAUAUCUAUUUACUAUAACAUGUACCUUUUACAAGCUUCCUUCCUUCAGUGUUGUUUUGGCUCUCACAUAACAGUACAGCCCGAUUAUACCACUAAGUCACUCCAUUUGCUCUUUCCAUUUUCCUCCAUUUUUCUCAAUGGAGUGUUGUCUGCCUCUUUUCCUGAGUCCGACGCCUGAGCUGAGCGGAGGACUCUCUUUUAACUCUGGACCUGGGAGAACUUCUGAUGUGUAAUCUGUUGCCUCCAGGAAGCAAUUCCAUGU